UACACUACCGCUAAUAUUUUAACGAUGAUGUUAUUAAACAUAUUGGACACUUCAGUGAGCCUCCAGUAAAAAGCCAGUACAGUACUUCAUAAUUAAUAUUGUUGAUUAACCAGCAUAGCCAAAACCCAUGUUGUUGCAGGCAGGCCGAAAUUAAAAGAUCAGAGUCAGUUUUCUCUGGAAUUUUUGAGAUGCAUAUCAUUCCGUAAAUUUGUGUCUUAUACGCGCACAAAUGCGUUUUCCAACCGUUAUACUGUCUUUUAUAGUGUCGUUAUCUUAUUGCGACUACCGAUGGCGAUACCUGCCAUGGUUUUCAGCAGUUACUAAGUACAUAAUUAUCGGAAUGUCACGCAAACGCACUUGUUUCUUCGUGAAGAUUAAACGAACAAGUAAGAGUACAAACCUGAAACAAUAGUCAUCCGUUACAAGAGCAAGAGUUGCUGAUAGCGCGCUUCUCAGCCAUCUUCGGUACUUUGUACUUGCUUAAAUACUGAAUCUUGUUGAAUGCUGGAAUAAUAAAUUUGCAUCAAGAUACGUCCAUGCGCUCUUUAAAAAAUAGAAUUACUACUUUACUACCGUCAAAUAUUUGCAUAAAGUAGUGUUAAGGAUACGAAUAGUGCAGCUCUAAUAAAAUCCUUCACGGACUGAGCUCAAAUGGAUGAAACAAAGUGGUGGAUGGUUAUUGCUCUCAUUUUUCCUGCAUUACUCUUACUGCAAGUGAAUGCAGAGGAUGCAGCCGCUCUACCACACAGGAGCUGUCGUGCUGUCAACCAAGGUAACCUGGUGUGUAACGCUGGACACUACAGCAUCCCGGACAAUUUUUUCGUCCAGAAGGUGCCUUUUGCAACCCGCUCCAUAGAUCUGGGAGGCGGUAGGGACAAUAAAACCAAUGUUCCCAGUAACAUUAUUCAGGAUUAUGCUGAGCCGUUGCCGGCGAAUUUGACCAGCUUAAUCCGAUUGAGAAUGUACAGCUUUGCCGGCGCCAAUGGCACCCGCCUUCCGCUGGAGAAGUUUUUGGCUAAUGUCAGAGUUACACUGCUUGAAUUACAUAUCUCAUACUGCCGAAUUAACUCCCUCGGGGCCGAUUUCCUUAGAGGAUUCCAGUAUCUGCAGACUCUCAGAAUAUAUCAGACUGACGUUAGUGCCAUCGACGUGACCGCUUUCGAAACUGCAUCCACUCCAGUUCUUGAGGAGAUUGAUCUUAUGAGGAAUAAAAUCGCAGAUUUGGACUGGACGGUGUUUAAACCAGUUGCCGAAACUCUGCGAAAACUAGACUUGAGCGAGCAGUUUCGGGAUAUCGAUGCCGGUUGGGUGUUCGAGCAUAAUGCAUCAGUGGGAAUGCAGAGAAUAACCUUGAGCCAAGGUUUUACGUUUUCUCGCUUGGCGACCCUGGAUUUGAGUAGGAAUGCUCUUAGCUUCCUGUCGCGUGACAUUCUCGAUACACUGAACCCCAGCAGUGACGCGCGGUUCUCCCUGGACGAUAACGCUUUCUGUCCGGUUGACCCGGCAAAAUCAUGCUCCUGCUGCGAAGCCCGGGACUUUGUACAGUGGAUGUAUGAAGUGGGUACCAGACCACAAGACGAGCGUCCCAGACGGAUCAGCUUUACUUGUGUCGGGGGUUUUCAUGUGUGGCAAGUAUGGGGCGGCGGGCCUUCUCUGCCACAACUGAGGCAAUACGAAUGCUGUUCCAAUGCCACAGUGGAGAACUGUCUCCCUACGACUGCGCGUACAGAGAAGCCGAUCCAGACCGAUGGAGGGGGCAUUCAAAGAAACUAUAUCUCAGCCUGCUGGGUGGCAUUGAUUUUUUUUCUAUCUAGUUACUGGACCAUAUUUGUAGCGUAAACGUGGAAUCAUAACUUACUUUCGCAGUGGUGAUCGGGCGUUUCAAAAAGCGACUCUGCAAACGGUUUUGGUUUUACCGAGCGUGUACGCAAAUGUUGCAGAUGUAUCUGCAACACGCAUACAUCAUGCAUGAUUUUUCAUUUCGGCAUGCUAAAUGUGACUGGCUAUCCUGCGUUACAUUAACCUUGCCUCAGGUUACAGUAAUGUUAUUUUUUUUACAGUAAAUUCCUGCUUCCAGUUACAGUAAUGUUAUUUGUUUUUUAUCACUUUUCCCUUCCCACUGCUAUAGUUUAUACUAUCGCAUA